CCGGCCUACACUCGGAACUAAUCCCGAUUACCAGUCGCGACUCGAUUACCGGGCGUAAUUGAGAUCUCGUCUUAAUCCGCUCCGCUUAGUGCCUAAUCCGGAUUUCCCUGACGCGCUUUCCUCGAGAUAACCUGGAGAGCGUCCAGCGAGCUCUUCGUUCUCCUCCGACGCCAGUCGAGCUCGUUCUUGAGCUCCUCAGUCGCGGAGAGCUGUGCAGAGAGUGAACGAGAAGGAGAGAGAGAGAGGAAGAUCGAGAGCGAGGUCAAGAGAAUCGCACCGCAUCGCAGUCAUGGCAGCGACGAUUUCUGCUGCUUUGGCUGGAGCCUCGAGCUCCGUGGUCGCGGCGUCUAGCGUCGGGAGGGCAACCGAUGUCUUGCAGAGGAGCGAGGUCAAGGGAGCGGCUUUCGCCUCGUCCUCGAGGUCUUUCGGCGCGGUGAGGUCCGUCGUCCUCGGCGAGCAGAGCUCCGCCUCAGCCUCCGCGGGGCUGAAGACAUUCAAUGGCCUCAGAGCCGGAAGCGUUUUCAAGAAGGAGUAUGAUUCUCUUACCGAGGCCGUGCACGCCGAGGCUGCCGUCGAGGAGGAGUUCACUCUCACCAUCUACGCCGGGAGGAGCAGCAAGGUUUUGGAGGGGAGGAAAUUGCGUGUCGCUGUCGUCGGUGGCGGGCCUGCUGGUGGGUGUGCGGCCGAGACUCUCGCCCAGGGAGGUAUCGAGACUUUCAUGUUUGAGAGGAAGUUGGAUAAUGCUAAGCCUUGUGGAGGUGCCAUUCCUCUGUGCAUGAUUGGUGAAUUCAACUUGCCGCUGGACAUUAUCGAUCGCAAGGUCACCAAGAUGAAAAUGAUUUCUCCUUCCAAUGUCGCCGUGGACGUCGGUAAGACGUUGAACGAGAACGAGUACAUCGGUAUGGUGAGGAGGGAGGUUCUCGAUUCUUACCUUCGCGACCGCGCCCAGUCUUACGGAGCGAAUGUUAUCAAUGGUCUGUUCUUGAAGAUGGACAUUCCCAAGGAUGACAACUCGCCAUACGUCCUUCACUACAACGAUUACAGCGAUGGCAGCAAGGUCGGAGUCGCGAAGACUCUGGAGGUGGAUGCCGUCAUCGGUGCCGACGGUGCAAACAGCCGUGUAGCGAAGGACAUCGACGCUGGAGAGUACGACUACGCCAUUGCUUUCCAAGAGAGGAUUAAAAUUCCUGCUGACAAGAUGGAGUACUACGAGAACUUGGCCGAGAUGUACGUCGGUGACGAUGUUUCUCCUGACUUCUACGGAUGGGUCUUCCCCAAGUGUGAUCACGUUGCUGUAGGGACCGGAACCGUGGUGAACAAGCCCGCCAUCAAGAAGUACCAAACUGCUACUCGCAACCGUGCCAAGGACAAAAUUGCUGGGGGAGAAAUCAUCAGAAUUGAAGCUCACCCCAUUCCCGAGCACCCCAGGCCCCGCCGAGUUGCUGCUCGCGUUGCCUUGGUCGGAGAUGCAGCAGGUUAUGUUACCAAAUGCUCUGGCGAGGGUAUCUACUUCGCCGCCAAGUCCGGUCGGAUGUGUGCCGAAGCCAUUGUCCAAGGUUCUGGCAAUGGAACGAGGAUGGUGAACGAGGCCGACCUCAGAGUUUACUUGGAGAAAUGGGACAAGACCUACUGGCCAACUUACAAGGUUCUGGAUAUUCUCCAGAAGGUCUUCUACAGGUCCAACCCGGCUCGUGAGGCUUUCGUAGAGAUGUGCGCUGACGAUUACGUUCAAAAGAUGACAUUUGACAGUUAUUUGUACAAGACUGUCGUUCCUGGUAAUCCACUCGACGACAUCAAGCUUGCAUUCAACACCAUUGGUAGCUUAGUCAGGGCCAAUGCUCUUCGUAGGGAGGGCCAAAAGUCCAGAGUAUAGACUGUCGGUCAGGUGUAUGACUCGUGCAAAGGUGAAGGACGUAGUGCUGGUGAUUAUUGUUUAUUUCGAAGAAGCUCAUCACUGCCGGCAAUACUUUCCAUCGAGGGUACACAGUCUUGACUAUAGGGUUCAAAUUUUGGAUCUCAGGGUGACACCCUAGACAGGGUAACGAGUAUGAACUUUCUCCAUCUAUUGUAAAUGUAUAUGACACAACUUCAUUGUACUAUCAACUGAAUUUUCCAACUUUGGGACAUAAAAAAUUCAUCGGUUUGAUACGAACGUUUUUCCG